UAUGUGCAACAGCCUCCUGGGGAGCCCAAGCCUCCUCCAGCACUGCUGUUAGUCCACAAGGCCAGAAGCCUGGCUUCUUUCUAGCAACAAGCUCUGACCAGCUAUGCACAUAACUCAGCUGAAUCGGGAAUGCCUUUUACAUCUGUUUUCUUUUCUGGACAAAAACAGUAGGAAAAGCUUAGCAAAAACAUGUUACCAGUUUCUAGAAGUGUUUCAGGAUCCUUUACUGUGGCCUUUGUUGAACUUCCAUUCUCCAGCGGAACUAAAAAAGGAUAAUUUUCUCCUGGGACCUGCUUUAAAAUACUUAUCCAUCUGCUGGUAUUCAGAGAGAGUCAAGGUGUGUAACAUUGAGGACUGGAUGAAAAACAGUCUCCAGAAAGACUUCUGUAACAGGCAUGAAAACACUGUUGGUGACUUUUUACUAGAAGUUUGCAACAGAUGUCCAAACCUGCUGUCUCUGACCCUUUCUGGAUGCGGCCACGUUACGGACGAUUGCAUCACGCUUCUUCUCAAGAACUGCCCCAACCUCAAGACGCUGAAACUAGAGAACUGCGUGCGGAUCACUGACCAGACACUAGAAGCAGUGACCCGCUAUGGGCAAUCACUGCAAACACUCCACGUGGAUUUCUGUCGGAACAUAACGCAAAUUGGGCUAGAGAGAGUCAGGGAAAAACGACCUUCAGUCACACUGAGAGCAGAGAGAAGUGCCAACAUGAUUCCAGACAAUAAGCCCCAAAAAAAGUUGAUGCUUGAAAAAGCAUCAAGAAAAUUGGUUCAGCUUUAAGCACAACAAAUUGCAUAAACUCAGUUAAGUGUGGCAUUUUACCUCACUUUCGCUCCCUUCUCAGGUAACACUGCUUCCAUGACCUGCAGCUGCUCUCCUGAAUUCUGGUUGAAGUCCAAACACAUGGUUGAUACAGUUUGUGAAGGCUGCACAGGGAAAAGGCAUUUCCACCAGUACAAUCAAAGGGAAAAAAAACCCUGUUCGAUCUCUGUUAACGUCUUGGAACUAGAAAGCCCUGCACUGCUGUCUCAAAAUGUUAGAUGUGAUUAAGGCUAAAAAUCACAGUCAACAAUGAGUGAACUGCAUCUGACUCAGAAGUAAGCAGCAGCGCUGUGUUUUACUGAGUUAAACCAGUGAUUUGACAGAGUGCAAUAAAUUUGAUGAAAUGGAACAAA